GUCAGAAAACCUGUUUUACCCAUUUUAUCAUGUGAGCGGUGAGCCACGUCUUCUGCUAUAGCUUCUAAAAGCAUCUGAGGUGAACAGUGUUCUUCCUAUGGCGAUGGUUCCUCUUCCAUUAUCAUACACCGUCGGUUAUCCGCCGUCGCCAUCGGGGUUGAUGAUUUUAGAGCCAAGUGGUACAUGUGCUUGGAGAGCCAGAGUCUUGCCACGCGCGGCACUCGUGGAGGCGACACCCGUGCCAACGGGAAGAGAUAGAAGCGGCAAUUAUGCCAUACAGGUCGUGGAUGUUGGCUCUCGUUCUGCCCUUUCCGGUAGGGAUCGUACGGACGAUAUGCAAGCCGAGGCUAGGGCUAUGGCUCGUGCAGCCAAUGCUUCCAUAUACAGUCCUGAACUUCUUGCUCUCAAAUACAGCUCUCGGCCUAUCAAGGUUUUGCGGCGGACCUUGGAGAUCUUCAUAGGUUUGGGUACAUUCGCUCUUAAAUUAUUGCUGGAUGAAAGGAGCGGUCAUCUUAACCAGAACAAGCGCGUGCGAGCCACUGAACUGAGGAGGGUUUUUACGAGAUUGGGUCCAACAUUUGUCAAAAUCGGCCAAGGCUUGUCGACCAGGCCCGAUAUUUGCCCACCCGAGUACCUCGAGGAGCUUUCUGAAUUACAGGUAUAUCUCUUCCAUAAUUUCCUAUCUUAG